AUGUCUCUUUCUAAGAAGUUAACUUUGGACAAGCUGGAUGUUAAAGGGAAGCGAGUCAUCAUGAGAGUAGACUUUAAUGUUCCCAUGAAGAAGAGCCAGAUUACAAAUAACCAGAGAAUCAAAGCUUCCAUCCCAAGCAUCAAGUACUGUCUAGAUAAUGGAGCCAGGUCAGUAGUUCUUAUGAGUCAUCUGGGUCGACCUGAUGGUGUUCCCAUGCCAGAUAAAUACUCAUUAGAGCCUGUUGCUGCUGAGCUCAAAUCCUUACUGGGCAAGGAUGUUCUGUUUCUAAAGGACUGUGUGGGCCCAGAAGUGGAGAAAGCCUGUGCCAACCCGGCUGCUGGUUCAGUUAUCCUACUGGAGAACCUACGCUUUCAUGUGGAGGAAGAAGGAAAAGGCCAGGAUCCUUCUGGAAAUAAGCUUAAAGCUCAGCCAGAUAAAAUAGAAGCCUUCCGAGCAUCACUCUCCAAACUAGGGGAUGUCUAUGUCAAUGAUGCUUUUGGCACUGCUCACCGGGCCCACAGUUCUAUGGUGGGAGUGAAUCUGCCCCAGAAAGCAUCUGGGUUCCUGAUGAAAAAAGAGCUGGACUACUUUGCCAAAGCCUUGGAAAACCCAGAGAGACCCUUUCUGGCUAUACUUGGUGGGGCCAAAGUGGCAGACAAAAUCCAACUUAUCCAAAAUAUGCUGGACAAAGUCAAUGAGAUGAUAAUUGGUGGUGGAAUGGCUUUUACCUUCCUUAAGGUACUCAACAACAUGGAGAUUGGUGCAUCCCUCUUUGAUGAAGAAGGGGCCAAGAUUGUCAAAGAUAUCAUGGCUAAAGCCAGUAAGAAUGGUGUGAACAUUACCUUUCCUGUCGACUUUGUCACUGCUGACAAGUUUGAGGAGAAUGCUAAGGUUGGCCAAGCCACUGUAGCAUCAGGCAUACCUGCUGGCUGGAUGGCUUUGGACUGUGGUCCUGAGACCAACAAGAGGAAUGCUCAAGUUGUGGCCCAAGCCAAGCUAAUUGUGUGGAAUGGACCUGUAGGGGUAUUUGAAUGGGAUGCCUUUGCUAAGGGAACAAAAGCCCUCAUGGAUGAAAUUGUGAAAGCCACUUCCAGGGGCUGUAUCACCAUUAUAGGAGGUGGAGACACUGCUACUUGCUGUGCCAAAUGGAACACUGAAGAUAAAGUCAGCCAUGUGAGCACUGGAGGAGGUGCCAGUCUGGAACUCCUGGAAGGUAAAGUCCUUCCUGGGGUGGAAGCCCUCAGCAGCCUGUAG